CAUUUUACGUUAGCCGAUACUCGUGCGGUGCGGAACUCUCGCGAUCGCUUUUCCCGAGCGAAUUUCUGUGGCGCGCGGUGGCCGCCCCGGAACCGACUCAUUUCAUCGUCUUCGCCUCCUGGCGUCCGUGAUUGCCUCGAAUGUGUGGGGAAAGCGAGCUGCGUCCGCGGUGAUCAUUCGCGCGCCCCGUGUCGCAGUGUGCCAAGGCGAGAGAAGAGGAGAGAAAGAUGGUGCCAGCGGGCCUCGAGAGCGAUAUCGUUGCUGCGAGCUAGCGCCGUGCGCGCAGCCAGUUCGCCACACUCGAGUGUUUGACGAGUCGUGUGCGACCGACUAAACCGAAUAUAACGUGAGAACUCGUUUGGUAGUGGUGUGCAUUUAAGUCGAAGUGGUGAUCUUUGAUAUUGUGAUACCGAUAGUCUAUCUAACUUCUCGGCCUGUCCCGUCGUCGUGCGAGUGGCCUGUGCGCCCAUUGAAAAAUUUACUGUGUGUGUGGGCUUUGAGCGCGGGGUUCGACGUACCCCCGACGAUGCCCAAUGGUUGAUCGUGUACCAAAGCGUGCUCGGGGACGCUCCACGCGCCGCGGUUUUCAUUGUUAUUGUCAUGCUUGUGAAUACGCUAAGAGCUUGGUGAAUUUUCGCGGCUUCGCCGAAGAGGAGGAAGCAGCAAUAGCAUCAGCAGCAGCAGUAAUAGCAUCAUCAGCACUAGUACCGAUCUUCUAGUGGCGUAGUGCAGCGUUUCGUUCGUGCGUGUAUACCCGUGUAUACGUGCCUGCGUGCGUGCCUGGCUGCGUGCGUGCGUGCGUGCGUGCGUGCGGUCGUCCUGACUUGCUGCCGCCGCCGCUUACUUGCUACCAGGAGUAAACAGCCUGAAACACAAGAAAUAAUUAACCCUGAAAAGAAACCAUGGCCGACCACCUGGUGGACGGGCCACCGAAUAAGCGGCCGAAGCUCGGAGAUCCUUUCCAGGGGACUUCGGAUUCCGCGGUGGGUAUGGCGCCUCUAAUGAUGCACCAUGCUUAUACAAACUACGGGGGAGGUGGCAGUGGUAACAUGCAACAAAUGCAGGGCCCGCCACAACAGCAGCUUCAUCUGCAACAGCAUCAGCUGCAGCCACAUUGGAACAACCAUACCAUCCAGAAAAGAAAUUAUAUAACAAACACAGAUAUGUUUGAUCUUGAAAAUGAUCUACCUGAUGAUCUGUUGUCAUCGGGAUCUUGGGGUUCUGCAACUGAAAGUGCUAAGCCACCAGCAACAGGUCCAGGCCCAGGGCAGCAAAAUGGUGCGCUUGAUUCAGAACUUAGACAACAUGUACAGCAACAACAACUUUCACAUCAUCUAAUACAACAACAAGGCAAUAAAAAUUUGGUUGCAAAUUCUCUAGCAAUGGCUGCUGGAACUUUGGGUAAUAAAAGUCCAAAUAUGCAAUCUCCACCAAAUGUUUCUGUCUCUAAAGUAGUUGAUCCACAAAUGGUCGUGAGUCUGGGAAAUUUACCAAGUAGUAUAGCCAGUUCCUUGGCAAAUAAUCAAAUGUCCAUUGCAAAUUCGAUGGGAGGCCUUCAAUCGUCAAUGAGCAUGGCUGGAAGUAAUCCUACCAUGUCAAUGCCAGGUGGAAUAAAUUCUGCUCUUGUUAUGACCAGUAGUGCCAGUGGAAAUAACAAUAUGGGUGGAAUGGCAGGUGGAAGUUUAAUUGUAACCAACAGCUUGAAUAAGCAACCUUUAAACACUGUAACUAUGAUGGCCCCUAAUACACAAGGAGGAAUUCAUCAUCCUAGUGGGCCACAUGGUGUUGCUCAAAUGCAAAAUGGACCUGGAAUAAUGAAUACUAGAGCUGUAGCAAUGCAACAACAGCAACAAGCUCAUAUGGUUGGACCAGCAAGGGGUCAAAGUCCACAUCAACAAGUACAUCAAGUUGGUAUCGUAGGUCCUGGUCAGGGAGGUCCAAGAAUCCAGGCACCCCCAAAUAUGACAAAUAUGCCAAAUAUGGGGCAAAUAAGUGCAUCAAGUCCUUAUGGUUAUGGAUCUCCAGCUAGUGGACAGGGGCCUGGUGUUACUGUAUGUACUAACAGUCCUGUUGGAGUUGUUACACCACAACCAAAAGGAGUGGGAACAAACAUGACUGCCAUGCAAGGUAGUAGAUUUGGAGGAACCGCAGGUCCUAUUGGCUCCACAAAUGUUGUGGGUGGUCAAGAAGGUGGCAUGGCGCAACAAGCUCAACCACCUGCUCCAAGUCCAGCUCAACCUCAGUCUGGUGCACCAAGUGGAGGUCAACCUGGACCACAACAAGCUACUCAGGGGCAAAUACCCGGUACUGGUGCUCCAGCUGGUGCUACAAAAUCAACUGCUGAUCCAGAAAAACGCAAACUUAUUCAGCAACAACUAGUUCUUCUACUUCAUGCGCAUAAGUGUCAACGACGCGAAAGUCAAGCAAACGGUGAAGUUUGGCAAUGUUCGUUGCCAGACUGUAAAACUAUGAAAAAUGUAUUGACUCACAUGACUGCUUGUCAAGCAGGGAAAAACUGUACAGUGCCACACUGUAGCUCUUCAAGACAAAUUAUUAGUCACUGGAAACACUGCAAUCGUAACGAUUGUCCUGUGUGUUUACCUUUAAAACAAGCAAACAAAAAUAAAACAACAAAUGCUGCUGCAGCAUCUACGACACAACCAAAUAGUCAACCAAAUCCGAGUCAAACAGAAAUGAGAAGAGCAUAUGAUGCGUUGGGUAUUCCAUGUCCUACUACAACAACUGGUGGUUUGGUUGCUCAAUGUGUAACUAGAAGAAUGCCAACACCAAGCAUGCAAGGAGCACCCGGCGCGAUUGGAAACGUUAGAUUAGCUCAACCUCCAACUCAGAAUGCACCCGGUCAAUCUGUAGUUGGCGCCGGGCAACAAGUUGUUGCUCCAAAUGUUUCUCUCCCUUUAAAUUCUGAUCCUAAUACAGUCGGAGUUGCUGGUAAUCAAGCAGCACCUACCAGUGGUCCGACGCCUGCUGCUGCAGCGACUGCCGCUAAUAUACAACAAUCUGUUAAUAUGCAGCAACUGUUUGGUUUGAAUGAUUCAGGACAACUUAGUGUUCCAAGUGAAAAUAGGUUAGCUAAUCUUCAGCUUCCAGCUGGACUUCAACCAAGUCAAGUAACAGCAACAUCGGUGCAGGAAUCAAAGGAUUGGCAUCAAACUGUAACACCAGAUCUUAGAAAUCAUCUCGUUCAUAAAUUGGUUCAAGCAAUAUUUCCAACUCCCGAUCCACAAGCUAUGCUCGAUAAAAGAAUGCAUAAUCUUGUUGCAUAUGCAAGGAAAGUUGAAGGCGACAUGUAUGAAAUGGCCAAUUCAAGAUCAGAAUAUUAUCAUUUGCUUGCCGAAAAAAUAUACAAAAUUCAAAAAGAAUUAGAGGAAAAACGACAAAAGCGGAAAGAGCAACAACAACAACAGUUACAAGCUCAGCAGCAACAACAACCACAACCUGCAGGAACAUCUGGCUCAGGUUUAAGGCCAUGUGCUCCCCCAGGUGUUGGUACCGUUCCACCAUCACGACCAGUUGGAACAGUUACUCCUAGUUUGCGUAGUCAUUCGCCAAGUAUGACGCUUGGAAAUUUACCUGCAAUGGGUAUUCCGCACAAUAGAAUGCAGUUUCCGCAACAACAACAAACGCAACAAGUACAGGUUCAGUCCCAAACGAAUGUUCAAGCUCAGGCUCAAGCACAGGCCCAGGCUCAGGCUCAGGCUCAGGCUCAAGCUCAAGCUCAGGCUCAAGUUCAAGUUCAGCAACAAAUGCAACAGCAGCAGCAACAACAGCAGCAGCAGCAGCAGUCAGGAAUUUUGGUUGGCCCACCUGGUCCUAGUCCAAAUGGACAAUCAACUUCUAAUCCCAACGUCGUUUCAAAUCCUGGUCUCAGUCCUUUUGGACAACCACAAAUGUCACAAUCAAGUUUAACAACAACUACUACGUCUGCAACAACUAGUCAAUUCCCAACCUCAAAUGGUACUUCCGGUUUACCUAACAGUUCGCCUGUACAGAAUCAACAUCAAUAUUCUGAUAUUAUGAAAGUUAGAUUAGCGCAAGCUCAAGCAGCAAUUGCGCACCAACAUCAGCAGCAGCAACAGCAGCAGCCGCCAUCACAACCUCAGCCUCAACAACAAUCAAGUCAGUCACAGCCGCAACAACCAACAAGUACUUCGAAUCAAAACGCUACGACAACCUCAAUGCCGCAAACGCCGUCACCAUUUAGCAGUAUGCAACAACAAAACAAUCAACAGCAAAAUCAAUUCAACAAUAGUCGGCCUCUUUCGGUUUCAACACCUAACGAUAAUGGCAUCAGUACAUCAACUCCACAAACGAUACCACCUCCUGCUUCUAGUGGCCCUAGUCCCAGCCCAGCAACGACGACAAAUGGACCUCAAUCUACAACUUCCACACCUAAUACGCCACUAGUUCCUUCAUUAAUGACUCCAAAUCAGACAGUUUCUUCCGCCAACCAAACACCACCUCAUCCUGCUACUACACCAUCUCCUGCCGGCCUUGCAAGUCUUGGAAAAGGCAUGACAUCUCAGGAGAGGGCUGCAUUAAAUGCACCGAGAACUUCGUCCAUGUCUUCGCAAAUGGCGGCUAUUACAGCCGCUUUAGAUCGUGAUAAUUCUCCUAGUCCACCAAUGAAUAACAAUAAGGGAAAAUUGGAUUCUAUUAAGGAAGAAAGUAUGAAAAUGGAAAUUAAAACAGAAGAUGGUUCUGAGAAUCACAGAAUGGAUGGAGGUAAAAGUGUCAAUAAUGAGGUGUCUAUUAAAACUGAAAUCAAAACAGAACCAAUGGAGGAAGGAUCCAGUGAGAGUAUUGUAAAAGAAGAACCUAUUAGUAUUAAGGAAGAACCAGUAACACCAAUAUCCAGUCAAGACACAACAACGCCAGAUAUUAAACCAUUGGUUCCUGAACCGAUACAACCAAGCGGAACGUCAACUGAUAAGAAACGGUUGUGUUUAUUCAAACCAGAUGAGUUGCGGCAAGCAUUAAUGCCAACAUUAGAAAAACUUUAUCGCCAAGAUCCAGAGUCUAUACCAUUUAGACAACCCGUCGAUCCUCAAGCAUUGGGAAUUCCUGAUUACUUUGAUAUUGUUAAAAAGCCAAUGGAUCUUUCAACGAUCAAAAGAAAAUUAGAUACAGGGCAAUACAGUGAUCCGUGGGAAUAUGUGGAUGACGUAUGGAUGAUGUUUGAUAAUGCAUGGCUUUACAAUCGUAAAACAUCACGUGUUUACAGAUAUUGUACAAAGCUUUCUGAAGUCUUUGAGCAAGAAAUAGAUCCUGUAAUGCAAGCCUUGGGAUAUUGCUGUGGAAGAAAAUACACAUUCAAUCCACAAGUACUAUGUUGUUAUGGAAAGCAGCUUUGUACAAUACCAAGAGAUGCAAAGUACUACUCCUAUCAAAAUAGUAGUCUAAAGGCAUAUGGUCUUGUUUCCGACAGAUACACCUUCUGUCAGAAAUGUUUCAACGACAUUCCUGGUGAUACUGUGACGUUAGGAGAUGAUCCAACGCAACCACAAACUGCCAUUAAAAAGGAACAGUUCCAGGAAAUGAAGAACGAUCAUUUGGAAUUGGAGCCUUUUGUUGUAUGUACAGAUUGCGGUAGAAAGGUACAUCAGAUAUGUGUGCUUCACAUGGAAUCAAUUUGGCCUUUAGGAUUUACUUGUGAUAAUUGCUUGAAGAAAAAAGGUCAAAAACGUAAAGAAAAUAAAUUUAAUGCUAAACGUUUACCAGUUACUAAAUUAGGUACCUAUAUCGAAACACGUGUGAACAACUUCUUAAAGAAAAAAGAAGCUGGUGCUGGAGAAGUUGCAAUUAGAGUUGUAGCAUCCAGUGAUAAAGUUGUCGAAGUGAAGCCAGGAAUGAGAAGUCGAUUUGUGGAAAAUGGUGAAAUGCCUGGUGAAUUUCCGUAUAGAGCAAAAGCUUUGUUUGCAUUUGAAGAAGUUGACGGAACUGAUGUAUGUUUCUUCGGCAUGCAUGUGCAAGAAUAUGGUAGUGAAUGUACACCACCUAAUACUCGAAGAGUUUAUAUUGCGUAUUUGGAUUCUGUACACUUUUUCCGGCCUAGACAGUUCCGAACAGCAGUAUAUCACGAAAUUCUCCUUGGAUACUUGGAUUAUGCAAAACAAUUAGGAUAUACAAUGGCUCAUAUUUGGGCUUGUCCUCCUUCUGAAGGUGAUGAUUACAUUUUCCACUGCCACCCGCAAGAACAAAAGAUUCCAAAGCCUAAAAGAUUACAAGAAUGGUAUAAGAAAAUGUUAGACAAAGGCAUGGUUGAAAGGAUCGUGCUCGAUUACAAAGACAUUUUAAAACAAGCGAUGGAAGAUAAACUUACAUCUGCAGCUGACUUACCGUAUUUUGAAGGUGAUUUCUGGCCGAAUGUUUUAGAAGAAAGUAUCAAAGAAUUAGAUCAAGAAGAAGAAGAGAAACGUAAACAAGCGGAAGCUGCGGAAGCUGCCGCUGCUAAUGCAAUUUUCUCAUUGUCAGAGGAUUCUGAAACAGGGCCAGACGGCAAAAAGAAAGGGCAAAAGAAAGCUAAGAAAUCCAAUAAAUCUAAGGCAAAUCAAAGAAAAAAUAGUAAAAAAUCUAAUACCCCACAAACAGGAAAUGAUCUUUCAGCGAAAAUUUUUGCCACUAUGGAGAAACAUAAAGAAGUAUUCUUUGUUAUUAGGUUGCAUAGUGCUCAAAGUGCAGCCAGUUUAGCACCUAUUCAAGAUCCUGAUCCAGUUAUUAAUUGUGACCUUAUGGAUGGCCGCGAUGCUUUUCUUACAAUGGCUAGAGAAAGACAUUAUGAAUUCUCUUCCUUAAGGCGCGCGAAAUUUAGUUCUAUGUCUAUGCUAUACGAAUUGCAUAACCAAGGUCAAGACAAGUUUGUUUAUACUUGCAAUAAUUGUAAGAGCCAUGUAGAAACAAGAUAUCAUUGUACGGUUUGUGAUGAUUUUGAUCUGUGUAUAAGCUGUAAAGAAAAAGACGGCCAUCCUCAUCAUAUGGAAAAACUUGGUUUAGAUUUGGAUGAUGGUUCAUCGCCGGCCGAUGCUAAACAAGCUAAUCCACAGGAAGCGCGUAAACUUUCAAUUCAAAGAUGUAUUCAAUCGUUGGUGCACGCGUGUCAAUGUAGAGAUGCUAACUGUCGUUUAACAAGUUGUCAAAAGAUGAAGAGAGUAGUAACGCAUACUAAAGUUUGCAAACGAAAGACGAACGGUGGCUGUCCAAUCUGUAAACAAUUGAUAGCGUUGUGCUGUUAUCAUGCUAAACACUGCCAAGAGACUAAAUGUCUUGUUCCAUUCUGUUCGAACAUCAAACAUAAGCUGAAACAACAACAGCUUCAACAGCGGCUACAACAAGCGCAGUUGUUAAGGAGACGAAUGGCUGCGAUGAAUAGCAGACCCACAGGUCCAGUGGGAGCGAUGCAAUCCGGACAACAGAGUUCAAAUGUUACUAUGACCACAGGUGUUGCUAUGAAACCAGGUGUCAGUCCUACCAAUUUACCUUCGCCACAUCAACCUGGAAUAGGAUUGAAACCUGGAACUCAAACACCACCUGCUCACGUUCUCCAAGUUGUUAAGCAAGUACAGGAAGAAGCUGCACGGCAACAAGUGCCGCAUGGUUAUGGUAAAGUAACGCCAGGUGGUGGAGUUGGUGCUGGAGUUGGCGUUGGAGGACAAACGGGUGGCGUAAUGCCACCACCUCCAAUGCAACGGCCAAUGCCUGUACAAAUGCCAAAUCCUGGCGGUACGCAUCUUAUUCCAAUGGAUCAAUGGACAGCAAGUAGGUAUCAGCCAAGUGCACUGAUGCAACAGAAUCCUGGUUUGAGACAGCAAACGCCGCAACAGUUAAUGCAACAGCAGCAACAACAUCAAGGGCAGCCAGCAAUAGCUAUGGGAGGACAGAUGCCUAGACAAGCUGGAGUUCUUGGUGGUCCUGUUAAUCAAGUUGGUCCUCAAACUCAAAGCAACAUGCACAAGCAUGUAUUGCAGCAACUUAUGCAAACUCUUAAGAAUCCCCAUACUCCUGAACAGCAAAACCAAAUACUUCAAAUACUCAAAAGCAAUCCACCGAUUAUGGCUGCUUUUAUCAAACAACGGGCACUUGCUCUAAAUCAACAACAAAGUGGUCAAUAUGGUGGAGGAGUGGGCGGACCUUUGGGUCCUAAUCAGCCGCAGCAACAACCUGCUCUGCAACAUAUAAUGUCUCAGCAGCAGCAGCAGCAGCAACAGCAUCAGCAGCAGCAGCAGCACCAACAACAGCAACAACAGCAAGGCAGAAUGCAAAUACAGGCAAUGCUAAAUCAACAACAACAACAGCAGCAGCAGCAGCAACAACCUGUUCAACAGCAACCACCACAGUGGUAUAAACAGCAAAUGCUGGUAUUGCAAAGGCACCAGCACCCGUCGCAGCAGCAACAACACCCACAGCAGCAGCAGCAACAGCAGCAGCAACAACAACAACAAUUUACACAACCACCAGCACCGCCUUAUGGCCAACAGCGACCUAUAAGGCCGCCCCUUCUCGGUAAGAAUUAUUUAAUUCUGGAGAAAACGAGAUUCGUCGAGCCGCUUGGUUCGUGGUCUAACGUUUGCCACGAUUCCGCGUAUUCUUCUCCAGGUUAUGGUGGCUUUAGCGAACAAGGAUACGGUCAACCUGGCUUAAAACCAACACCACCUCCGGUACCUUCUCCGCAAGGUGUGAUGGGGCCUCCAGGGAUUUCUGUACAGCAACAAUUAAUGCAGUCCGUUCGAUCUCCACCGCCAAUUCGUUCUCCUCAACCAAAUCCUUCCCCACGACCGGUUCCCUCUCCACGUAAUCAGCCAGUUCCUUCUCCUCGAUCAGGACCGGUGCCAUCACCCCAUCAUCAUCCACCUCAUGGUACACCAACACAUUCACCGGCUCAUGAACUCGGUGGGCCAAGUGAAAUGAUGCUUUCGCAGCUGAGUGGUGGAACUGGUGCACCGACUGGUCACCCGGGUACCAUGCCGCAUCAUCCAUCUCCAGCUCCACCGCCCACUAGUGGCACAGACUCGAGUGAAGUGACGCCCAUGACGCCACAAGAUCAACUUUCAAAAUUUGUCGAAGGAUUGUAGUGACUGUUAGUGAAGUCGGUUAACACGAGUGACUAUGUUAGUGGGCGAACGAUGAUCUUGCAUCGUAUGUCAACCGUUUAGAAAGAACGGUCGCUGUUCCACCUCUCUGUCAUGAGAACAGGGAGAGUAACUUCCAUCCGUUCUGCGUUCCUAGCUUCGUGGAGAUCAGGUACAACUACUUACGUCCGGUACACUGACCAAGUGCUGAUGUUCAGAGACGGGUCAGAGUACCACUGGUGCGACCAAAUUAAUCCCGGAUGACGCGUGUUUCUUUUUUCUAUCUCCGAGUUAAGGUGCAGGAGCGAUACAGCGUGUUGUGGUGCUGCUUAGAUGCUCCGCGAAGAUUCUACAGCUGGCUCAAUGGACACUUGAACUUACGUUAUUGUAUUCUCGUAUCUCAACCUCGGCUCCCCAAUUGCGAACCAGUGGAACGACGAGAAACAAUUAAUUUGAAACUAUACACACAUGAAAUCAAGAGAGACUAUUAAUACUUUCUCCCCGUAAAUAUACAUACAUAUACAAAAGAAACACACACUAUGUCCCUGCCCAAACUUUUAUUCCCCUUACACAUGACUUUUUCAUCUAUACCACCUUCCCUCGCUGCUGCUCAUGCAGGCUGAGUGAAAUCGUACAAAUGUGUUGUGUAUACUUAACGUUAAUUGAUAAUUAAUAGUUCAAAUAUUAUUAGCGUAGCGAUUAUAUGCAGUUAUUAUAUACCACUAUUAUUAUUAUCGUGACAAGAUGCAAAGUAUAUAACAAGAAAAAAAAACGAACUUUAUGAAAAUGGAAAGAUAUCGAAAAAGAAAUCAACAACAUUGUAUGUAAGGAAGGGAGAAAAGAAUUUAGUGGAAAGUUAAGUAAUGUUAACUUAGGUUAAUUUGUUAUUAAGAGAUCGCAACGGUUGCCGAAGGUUGUGCCGAAACCUUAGCACCAUUAAAUUUUAUGGAUCAUUCUGAAAUUAACCUUCAAAAUAAUCUGCUAAAUUGUCUAUGGGAAAGAAACCUAAUAACAGGACAGGCGAGACAACGCGGAUUAACGGUGUCGCAACCAAAAAGUAGAAAUUCACAAGCUUACUAAUGGGAGGAUUUAUAAAUCGUGUUAAUUUUGACAACAAAAGUUUUUCAAACCGAGGGUCCAACAUGUACAGUUCAAUCAAAAUAUGUAGCUACGAAGCGUAAACGAAAAGGACCCUCGCAUGAAAAUCGUUCUGUACAUACUAUACUAUUAUUACGAUAAUAAUAACGAUUAUUAUUAAUUUCCCUGUCUAUUAUGAAUUUAUUAUUAUUAUUAUUAUUAUUAUUGCUAUUAUAUAUAAUUAUUAUUGAUUCUUAAUUAUUAUCAUUACUAUAAUUGCUCUACUACUACUACUAUUAUUAUUAAUAAUAUUAUUUUUAUUAUUCUUAUUAUUACCAUUAUUACUAUUAAUAUUAUUAUAAAAGAAAAAUUCAAAACACAUAAGUAUAGUGUUAAUAUUCGGGAAAAAAGCGAGAAAGGGAUCCACACACACGCGUUAUAAUUAUAAUAGGAUAUCUCUGUGCACGAUAAACCCGAGAAAAAGAAAUACAAAUACAGAUACAAGUACACAUACAUACCGAAGUAUGUGACUAUGCCAGUGCUGUAUCAUAGUAAACUAUAAGUGUAACUUUUCCUCUCUCUUUUUUCUUCGAUACCUAUUUAAAUGACUAGCUGGUAACGAAUGAUGCGUGAAGGUGUACUUCGGAAGUCCGUAUCGUCGGAUAUUUUUUAAAUACACGGUGUACAAUGUAGCCACCAUGUAACCAAGCUAUAACCGAUUUAAUCAUAAUCAGAAUCAUUAAUGGCACAUGCAACCGGUGUAAGAUUCAUAUUUAAACGUGGCGUUUCCGUCGACGAAAGCGCGGUCCGAUUCGAAACAAAAGGCCAGAGAGAUCAUGACCCGUUUGAGAGACACGUUACCUCUUGAAAAAUGUAUUUGACUCAUUCUGAUACAUUUAUCAUCAGAUAUAUCUACAUACAUAUAACACCGUACAUUUCCAUUUGUCUUAUAUACAUCGGUACCCUUUGAAUUCGUUAUAAAAGGAGGCAAAAAGCAUUUUUCUUUUUUUUAUAAAAAUAAAGAAAGAAUCUAACGAACGAUUGGCGAAUGUUCUUUGCCUUGAAAAUUUUAAUCGCAGGGUUGGACGGGGGUAAGUUUAACGAGAAUAGUUCGUUUAAGACAACCGGUUUUCUUUCACUCAAUUAAGCUCCAAGCUCGAAAGAUCGCUUUUUGUUAUUUUUAAACUAUUUUAAAUUCCUUUAUAAAUCGGUUAAUGUGAAUCGUCAAUCGAUUCCGAAACAUUCCUUUUGUUAUGUAUUCUCUUUCUCGCCCUUUCCUCUAUCCACCGGUUUUUCUCUACGUCCUUCGUCCCUCGGACUAGUUUUAUAGAAAGAACGUCGUAGAUUCGUCUUUCCAAGAUCGUCGUAUAAAAGGACAAAACGAAAGAGAAAAAAAGAUAAUUAUGUAGAAUUAUGUGAUAGCAGUUGAAUCGAGCGGGUCAACUAUAAAUCGGUUGAGAAACAAAUCCUGUCGUGCGUCUGAAAUUUCUAAAAAUGAGAUGAAAACGAAAAGCAAAGAUUAAGAAACAAAGUAACACAAAGAACAAAAAAUAACAAUCUACGAAAUGCGGAUGGUUAUUAACUGUAGAUUUAAGUAAACGAUUUUACUAG